AUGCUAACUUCGCUGGCGGUCCACCUGUCCGCUCGGCCACCAAAAAGGAUAACCCGACAGUCGCGCAACCGUGGCGGCGGAAGCAGCUACGCGCGGCCUGACGCUGGCGGCGCCGGCGGUGGAGGCGGCGAUGUCGACUACGGCGGUCCAGCACCCGGGGUGACCUUCGACGAUGACGUGGGACCCGACGUAGACCUACCUGCUCCAGGAGCCGGUCCAGCGCCGGGCUAUGGCCCUGGUCCGGCACCUGCUCCGGCACCAGCGCCGAGGCCCAGACCGGCACCAGGCCCUGCUCCAAGACCGGCUCCUGGACCCGGGCCCGCGCCGGGACCGGCACGCCCAGCUCCUGGCGGUGGAGGCGGCUACGGCGAUGGCGGUUACGGUGGUGGUGGAGCAGGCGGAACAGGCGGCGGCGGUUACGGCGGUGGUGGAGCAGGCGGAACAGGCGGCGGCGGUUACGGCGGUGGUGGAGCAGGCGGAGCAGGCGGCGGCGGAGGGGGAGGAGCAGGAGGAGGAGGAGGAGGAGGCGGUCACGACGAUGGCCAGUACCACGGCCACGAUGACCACGGCCAGUGGCGCCUGGAGGACGCCAUCCCCGGCACGCCGGAGACUGACUACCCGACUUUCACCACCAUCCCGCAGACCAGUUUCGACUGCAGCGCGCAGGAGUAUCCGGCCGGGUACUACGCUGACGUCGAAGCACGAUGCCAGGUGUUCCACAUCUGCCAGUCGGACGGUCGCAGCGACGCCUUCCUCUGCCCCGUGGGAACCCUCUUCAACCAACGGUACUUCGUCUGCGACUGGUGGCGGAACGUGAACUGCGAUGAGGCGCCCAACUAUUACAAUCUCAACGGCGACCUCUACAAGCCCGGGCCCUCGUGGAGUCCUGGUGGUGGUGCUCCCGACGGACAGGGAUACGUUCCACCGGCGCCGGCUCCAGCUCCACCACCAAGACCAGGUCCUGCGCCAGGUCCAGGUCCGGCCCCGUACCCCGGCCCGGCUCCAGCUCCUGCUCCAGGUCCAGCCCCGGCCCCGUAUCCCUCCCCGGCUCCAGCUCCAGCCCCAGCUCCAGCUCCGUAUCCCAGCCCAGCUCCAGCUCCAGCGCCAGCACCAUAUCCCGGUCCGGCUCCGGGUCCUGCUCCGAGUCCAGGGCCAGCACCCGAUUAUGGAAGGCCCGAGACGCCUCAGCCCGGACCUCCGUCGGAUUACGACCAGGAUGACUACGAUCAGCCAGCGAGAGGCUACGGAGGAGGAGGCCGAAGGCCACGCGCAAACCUCGCGCAACCCAGCGACUGGAACGCCGUGUACUACUACGACCAACCCGACCAGGCAGAACAAGGCCGUUCAGAGGAGAGCGAACAGCGCAGCGUGGAAGGAGAGUAUCAGGCGUAGGCAUGAGGGAAUUCCGGGUUGUGUAUAGAUCUUCUUCAGUUUAGGUGUGAGGGUGCGCUGCCUGCUUGAAGGGCCUAGGCCGCAGCUUCCUCACCUCCCCAGACGUCGAAUGGUGAACCGGAGGAGAGCGAGACAGGAAAGAAGGGUGCGAGACGCAACAACGAAAAUUGGUCUGAGUAUAGUCAGCCUGACAUUGUAAGAAAAACUAGAGAUAAGGUUUGGUGGCAUUGCAGUUAGUGCACACUGUCUUCUGAUUUUAUUUCUUUAAGGUAGCGUCCCUAAAACAGCGUUAGUGAGAAGCUGAACAGAUCUGCACUGCCCUUCAGUCGAAGUUUGUGAAUUGACCUCCCCACUUUGGGCCGCACAGUCAGGACGCUCGCAUAUUGCCGAUCAUGACGGCUGCACGUGGAGAGAGGUAACGAAAAUGGGGCGCAUAAUGCGUGCCCAAUGUCGUGCACAUGUAACGGCUUAAUUAAUGGUGCUCCCGAGGAGUGGCCCUUUCUGUAGCUGGACAGGCGGCCCUUUCUAGCCAUUUGCAGCUGUGCACACGGCACCCUUACGAGGUUCCCCCUCUUCGCGUACUACCUGGAUGAUCUGUUGGAGCCACGCCUCUCAUUUCUAGGCAUGCUGGUAGCAAAGCGAUUGAUCGUUGACCGGUCGGCCCUUAUCGUGGAACUGCACUUUGUUUGCACAAUAGGCCUGACGUUUGACACCAACCGUGGUACACUCACUGUCAGUGAUUGAAAACUUUGGGGUCAACAGCUCCGGCCUCAACAAUGGGAACUUUCUGAGUGGAGUGAAAUUUGAUGUAACAAACUCAGGCGUUGACAGUGCGCCCGGUAGGUCAGGGCCUUUUUUGCAAUGCCGUACACGUUGUGACGACUCGGUAAACUUCAAAAUUAUGCGAGUCCUUUCUUACUUACGUUGAUAUUCCUUACUGUUUCGUCUACUAGCUUGUUUGAAAGGGCGACAGGUUCAACUCGUUCGCCAACGCCUUUUUCUAUGCUAAUUAUUCCUCCUGACUGUGGUAACCGACCUAAGUAAAUUAAAGAUAUUUAACAGGAUGUGCGCACAGCGUGACUAGAAAACAACAGUUCAAUGAAAAAAAAAUACUGUACACGUCUUAUUCAGCGAAGUGAAUGGCUUGACUUUUCUUGUUACAGCUUUCAUUGAGAUAUUUAAGGUACAGUGCAUGUUUGCUAUGUUCUGGUCGUACACACGCCGAGGAUUUUCGCAGACAAUAACGUGCGAGCCCAUAAAUUUACAUAUCUCAGUGUUAGAUACACGAAGCACAAUUACGCAGUCGUUGUGUCAGACGUGCAAUACGGGCAGCCAUAACUGAGUCUUUCGAAACAUUCCCUCACAGCAGAACACUCGCAUGGGUCACCCUCUGGAGCGGAAGUGAUGUGUCGAAGGUGUGUGAGAGAAGGUGGCCACAUUUCACGUCGUCUGCGCAUCUCCACGCGAAGCGCCAACACUAAUUAGCCACAUGUAUACCGGUGUUCAGACUUGCGGGUCAGCUGAACCGAUACUUGUGCAAUUUCCGUGCGCGCGGUUACGUUUCGCUGUGCCGUGUUUUGAAUGCUCCGUUCAGGCCUGCUGGCGGUAUUUUUUUUUUUCUUUCUUUCUUUCUCUCUGUCUCUCUAGCGCCCGCGACAACGCAUGCCAUGGCGCUGACCGGACGAACGGCCAGUUAGUUAUCUGCUUACCAGAUUUUCAGAGUUUAUGUGAAGUUAAGAGACCUCCUUUCUUGUUUCCUGUUUCUCUUUUUGUUAGUUAACCUUUAUUAACCGUAUUUAAUUGUUGCAUACGCGCGUGUGCUAUGGUUGUUUCCGCGAACCCCCCCCCCUCCCCCUUCCCCCUCCGUCCAUCCGUCCGUCCGUCGCUCGCUGCCACCAGUAACAAAGCUGUUGCCAACCGAAGCAUGACAGGUUGAUUUGAUGGCGCAUCAACUCAUCGCAAUAUCUUGACAACCUAUGACUGAGGUUCCCGUGCUUUGUACAGAUCAGUUUUUGCGUGAUAGACCUUGUUGAGUUUUGUUUUGUUUAUAAGAGCGUUUCUUCCUCGUGUUCUGUCGUCGGCGCGUUUCGGCUGCAGCGUAUAUGUGUGUUUGUGCGCCUGUAUCAUAACAUUGUGUAACAAGUCACCUCGCUGCCUUCUUGAAUACUGUGUAGGUCUUUUGAUGUUGCAAUUCUUCUCGCCAGGUCCUAGUAUACGCGCGUCUAUCGAGAUCUCCGCUGUUUCUUUGUUUUGUUGCUUUUGCGAGAACUUCUUGCGACGAGUGACGGAUGCAACGGCGUCGGAACGGUUGUGCUGGCAGACUUUUCUUACCCCCUGUUCAUAGACUGAAUAAAGAAUUUUCCUGUG